CCUACUGUUGCACCUUUGCCUCUGCGCCUGCACCGAGCCUGUGCCCCUGCUUGCUACGCCGAUCUAGCUUCUACGCCCCUGGACCCCGCUUGCUGCAGUGAGCCUGCACCAUGCCUACACUAUGCCUCCUACUUGCUGCGAUCCUCUACACCCCACUGCAGCUCAAUCCCACGCCUGCUCUGUCCAGAGGCCUGCACAAGAAAAAAAAAGAAAAAAAAAAGCUUUCGAUCCUUUGCUUUCCAGCCUACAGAAAUCAACAGCUGUCAAGAGGUUAAAGGGGUUCAAAUUUUGACAUUUUGAGAAUCAACGGUGGAGAAGAAAAGGUAGGAUUAGAAGGCUAGGAAGAGGAGGGUUUUUGCCUUUGCUUUGGUCGGUAUAAAUAAAGGGUUUUAGGGUAGAAAAAGGGGUUGAUUUUUGGGUCUGGUUUUGGGAGUCUCCAUCUGGGUUUUCGAGAGCAAUAGAGAGAGAUUUUGUGGAGAAGAAAGGGAGGUGGACAGCGGCUGAAAAGGAAGCUUAUUUCUCUGUAUCUGUUUCCUGCUUAGGUAAUUCCCUAAACAGAGGAAUUUUUGGGAAGGAUGGUGAGGGAGACGAAUGGAGCUUGAUCCCGUGAGUGGGAUCCCUCUUUCCGAUCCGAAUCUGUCUUCUCUCAGAAAAUUUUCGCCUUGUUUGUUUCAAUUUUUCUUAGAUUUCGAUGUAUUAGGACUUGGUCGUCAACAAUGGGCAAUCACACUAAGUGAGUACGACCUCAAAUUUGAACCACGCACAGCGAUAAAGGGUGAACUCUUAGCAGAUUUCCUAGUGGAAUGCCACUUAGUGGCUGUUGAGGGAAUUACAACCCUACACCCUGUAUGGGCGUUGUACGUAGACGGGGCUGAAAGUGCCAAGGGAUCGAAGGCAAGAACAGUGCUGAUAGCCCUCAGGUCGUUUUGUGAUGAUUAUAACAUUGAGUUGGCUUUUACAUAUGUUUACACUCCGCAAUCAAAUGGACAAGCAGAGUUAGCCAAUAAAAUCGUCUUGUGUGGCCUUAAGACACGUGUCCUGGCCGCACACUCUAAUUGGGUUGACGAGCUCAACAAAGUGCUUUGGUCGUGCCGUACUACACCCAGCCUAACCACUGGAGAGACCCCAUUCUCUCUUGCCUACGGAGCUGAAACCGUAAUCCUUGUGGAAAUCAACUUGUUGCCUAACAGGCCUGCUUGGCUUAAUGAUUCUAAUAACGAGCAACUCCUAAGAGAAAACCUAGACCUAGUGGAGGAGGUUAGGGAGAUAUCUCGCAUGAAGAACAUGACAUAUCAAGGUCGUGUUGCCAUAUUUUACAAUAAACAGGUGCGUGCUCAUCAAUUUUAGGUCGGCAACUUGGUUUUGCACAAGGCCAAGCUCACCAAUGCCUAUUCACACAUGGGCAAGCUUGCCUCCAACUGGGAGGGUCCUUACAUGGUUAUUUAUAUUAACCGACCUGGGUCUUACUUGUUGGUAGAUUCACAAGGUCGUCAAUUACCGCUUACAUGGAAUAUACAUAAUCCUAGAAA